AUGGCUUCCACGUUGUGCCAACGCUUCUCGACAUUCUUCACGAACCACCCUCGAGCGGCGUGGAUGAGAGGAAUCGGCCUCGUCGUAUUUCUCUUGACGAUUCUCUCCACCGUGACAGCUAUCACGUAUUCUACUUCCAAGGUCGAGACAGUAUCGCCCUCUCAUUAUGCGGUGAUCAAGUCGGACUUCGCCGACCCAUGCCUGCUGAGUGUGGACGGCAUGUUCUACGCGUUUGCAACGCGACCUAAGCCGUCGCUCCAUAUUCAGGUUGCAAGUGCCAAGGAUAUAUCGGAUUGGACUCUGCAUGAAGGAUAUGAUGCUCUGCCGACCCUCCCGAAAUGGGCCGUACAAGAGGGCGAUGCUGCUGUGUGGGCACCAGAAGUGGUGCAGCGGCCCGAUGGGAGCUUUGUGCUCUAUUUCUCUGCAUCAUGGCACGCCAACAGUCGUUUCCACUGUGUCGGCGCAGCAACCUCUCCCAACGUCACAGGCCCGUACGUCGCACUGGAAGAGCCACUGACCUGUCCCUUUGACCAAGGCGGCGCCAUCGACCCCACUUUCAUCUACGACCGACGAAAGAACAUGUCGUUCGUCGUCUACAAGAACGACGGCAACGCCAUUGGAUCUGGUGGGGCCUGCAGUAACAGCAACUGGCCGAACACGCCCACGUCGUUUCAGUUCAACAUGGUCGACAACGCGGACUAUACCACGCGAAUUGGUAACGACACCUGGACCCCGGUGGGCAAUGCCACGUGGAUUCUGUUCAGCGAUCGGAGUGACGGGCCCAACGUGGAAAGUCCCCAGAUCUUCUACAGGGGCAAUGCUCAGGGCAGAUUCGCUGCUGCCGAGGAUACCUCCGCGUACCAUCUGAUCUACAACGCCGGUUGUUUCGCGGACGAGUCGUAUCGGAUCGAACACAUUGUCUGCCGCGCCACACAGCUGAACGCGGUAUCCACGCAGUGGACUACGCACGACCCCACGUACGUUCCCUUUUUCCGGGACUGCACGUUUGGGGCCAUGCAGCCCGACAGCUACAAAUCCUGGGGCCAGGCGUUCCUGGGGUUGAAGGACACCAUCAACAACCACUACGAUGUGGUGUUGAAAUCCGGUGUAUUCCGACAGCCUGAUGGUGUGGGUGUGGAGCUCUACGCACCUGGCGGCCCGGCCGUGAUUCAAGAUGGUCGAUACAUGGCGUUCCACGCGGACAUUAGCCGGGAAUGGUACGAGGGCAAAGUCUGCCCCGGCUGUCGGGUUCGAGCUCUGUUCAUCGCCGAAUUGGAAUAUGGCAGGACAGGCACGGGGCUAAAGGUCAAAAGACUGGUUAAACCGAGAUGA